GACACCUCCGAAAAGCGCAUGCAAAUCGAAACGUUGUUAAGCUUCGCGGGAAUGUCACUCGGGGGAAAACUGAGUCGACCGCGGGGGGCUGAGUGAGUAACAUGGACCACCACAGACAGCGUGUACACACACACCUGAAAGCAUGGCACUCCAGGUAGGACACACGCGCACGUAGGGUUUAGGGUGUGGCCUGUACGUCAUUCGUCAUCACUAUUAUUGACAUGCAUGAUCGGGGAGGCGGGAACACUUACCUGGCGGGUGACUAUCGCAGCAGCCAUCUUCAUCCUGAUGACGCUGUUCAUCUUGUACAGCUCCAGCUCAGUCUCCAUCGCCAGCACCAGCCAGGCGGCCUACACGCCCUUCCAAAUCGCUAAAAACCACACGCCCAAGCCCACAAACCUCAAAACGUGGGCCACCAAAGAUGACUACGUGCCAGUUCAUGGCGACAAGAGAAUGACCCAACGCUGCCAUCACUGUGCCCUGGUCAGCAGCUCCAGCCACGUGCUGGGCACUCAAGCGGGCGAAGAGAUCGACAGCAGCGAGUGUGUGAUCCGCAUGAACGACGCACCUACCACGGGGUAUGAGGCCGACGUGGGCAAGCGGACCACGGUGCGGGUGGUGGCACACUCCAGCCUAUACCGGGUGGUCCGGCGUCCCAAUGAGUUCAUGGUGGUGGGCGCCGAGAGCCAGCGCACCAUCAUCUUCUGGGGACCCCCAAACAAAAUGACGAAGGACUCAAAGGCGACCGUGUACAGAGCCAUCCAGAGGAUCAGCUCCACCUACAAGGAGGUGCCGUGUUUUACCGUCGCGCCUCAAAAAAUGCGCAGAUUCGACAAGCUCUUCCAAUUGGAAACAGGACGAGACAGGCAAAAAUCGAACUCAUGGCUGAGCACGGGCUGGUUCACCAUGGUCAUUGCGAUCGAAAUAUGCGACAACAUCAAAGUGUACGGGAUGGUUCCGCCCAGUUACUGUGGGAACCGGACCGGAUCCAAGAAGAUGCCGUAUCACUACUACAACCCGCGGGGUUCUGACGAGUGUAUAACGUACAUCCAGAACCAGAACAACCAAAAAGGGGGCCACCACCGCUUCAUCACCGAAAAGCAGGUUUUUGGUCGCUGGGCGCAUCAGUACAACAUCACCUUUGCUCAUCCCACAUGGUGAGACAGUUUCCUCGAGGUAAACGGAUGCUCAGAUAUGGGAUGGCAUCCACUUUCAGGGAUCUCUUCGAGGUGGGAAGAAAAAAACUGCUACUGACACACCGAAUGUUUUUCACCGUUUUCUUGUUGUGUGUGUGUGUGUUUUUUGUUGUUUUUUUUUUUUUUACAAGUUUGCAGUAUUUGUACCUUUUAUGUAUUGAAGAUUAGGACUGCUAAUUCAGGCAUUUGUUACAUUGGAAACUUUCCAUGGGAGUAAACCUGGCUCUUGAUAGGGAAAUUAAAUAUACAGAGGAAACUUGACUUACAAGUUUAAUUUGGUCCGUGACCAAGCUCGUCACUAAAUUUGACCAGUAAUUUUCCCCAUUGAAAUGAAUUGAAAUCCCAUAACUUCCAAGUGCCCCCAACUUGAGUUUUUUUUAGUUCUGAGCAUCACUUUUUUUUGAGUGAGGGUGUGCCACCGUUCAACUAGUGAAGAAUUAAUAUAGUGCAAUUUAAAAAAACCUGCAAUGCCCGAGCAUGUGGGCAAGGGGAGCCAUCUUAUUUUGCUUUUCCGCUUAUGACAAAAUGAAAUUGUUAUAUUUAAUGUCUGCUGCGUCUUUGCCUAAAUAUACCCUGAAUUCCCAUGUAAAGUUUCCAAUUUGGAAUAUUUUCUAAAACUUCCCAUGGAAACUUUCUUGAAAUGUUCCAACUCUUUGCGACCCUAAGGAUGACGCACUGAUUCUUCCCAACAUUAAGAAAGGUGUAAAAAAAAAAAAAAAUCACUUUCAUUUCAAAUAAUCAGCAAGAGAAGUGCAUGCUGGUGUCUCCUGUUUUGAUGGCAAAAAAUUGCUAAAGCUGUCCUUGACAAAAUGUUUCAAAUUGAAAGCGACUUUUUCGUUAUCUGAGCCAUUUUAAAGAGAAAAGCAGGAUGGGGUUGAGACGUUUCCCUUUUUGGGAGUAAAAGCCAUCGCGGGGGUUAUGUCACAACUUGGCUUGAUUUUUGUUUUACAUGUGAAAGCAAACAUUUUGUUGACUGAAAUAAAGACAAAAUUGAUUUGAAUGCAA